AUGGAGACCUCGAAAUUCCUUCUAUUCGGCGCGCUUCUGGUGGUUUUGAAAGACGACUGUCAGGUGGACUGUAAUCACAGCCCAGCAUCGAGCAAGCACAGGACACGACACCACAAAGGGGUCUCAGUGGCUGAUUUUGGACAUAGCGUGUCUGCGUACCACCCGAAUGGGUACCCCAUGUACAUGAUGCAGCUGUAUCACAACUACACGUCUGCUGACGGCAAGAGGGCCCAGAGAACUGCCAGUCCUGUCAGCGAAGACCUCCCCGCUCUACGGCAGUCAGACUCCGUUCUCAGUCUGAUAGCGAAAGAUUGCCAUCAAGUGGGUGAGAGGUGGACAGUUACAUUCGACAUAUCCUCUGUUCCCGCGAGCGACGACAUCCAGCUCUCUGAGCUCCGGUUCAGGCUGCCGGCGUUCUCUGCAGCUAAACGCGUGGUGGUGGACAUCUAUCAUGCAAGUAAACAGAACUGUGCUCCGAAUUCUACGGCCUGCAUCGAGCAGCGCGUUUUUCUCGGCAGUAUUAAGUCUUUGGCUGAUGAAUCUGUGUCCCCCAUUAAGGUUUUUAACGUGACGGUCUUGCUUAAAUUUUGGAUGCAUCAAGUAGACAAAGCACAUCCAAAAGCCGAAGCCGAGCAAACAUUCACAGUGGACUCAGCAUUAGACAGUGAGUUCGGAAGUGGCUCUCUUGAUGGAAGUGGUGAGGAAGUUAUUGACCCAUUGCGACACAAGGUUAAUCGACGGAGAAGGGUCCAGCAUCCGACAGCUGACCGGGUGAUGAUGGUAGUAUUCUCCAAGACCAUGCUGCCUCACGGGGCCCGUCAUUCGCCCUCUUUGAUGCGCACUGUUAAGCACUCUAAAUAUGUCGUCCUGGAACGUGCUGGUGGCGAAGUUCAAACGCGCCGACGGAAGAGAAACCGAGUGGAGUUCGAGCGGAUGCGGGCUGUGGAAGGGGAUGCUAAAGUGACCGGAUCAGCGACAGAAGCGGUCCAGCGAACGCUCUGUAGAAAAGUGGACAUGUGGGUAGACUUCGACCAAAUUGGCUGGAAUGAGUGGAUUGUGCAUCCCAAGCGCUACAACGCAUUUCGUUGCGAGGGAGAGUGUCCAACUCCUCUGGAUGAAUCAUUUAACCCAACGAAUCACGCCUAUAUGCAGAGCCUUUUGAAGCUUUACCACCCUGAGCGUGUGACUUGUCCUUCGUGCGUGCCCACACGCCUCAGUCCCCUGUCAAUGCUGUAUUACGAGAGUGACGACGUGGUUCUUCGUCACCACGAGGACAUGAUCGUAGAGGAGUGCGGAUGUCACUAG